AUGAUUCGUCGGCCUUCAUGGACUCUUCCUCCUCCUACCUCAACAAACCAUAAAGAUCUCCCUCGACAUCGCGUCGUCGCUCGGGCCUGGUCUGCGGCGUCGUCGCAGUCCUCCACCGAUACUUCUCCCAACACCUCUUCCGACUCGGACUCAUGCGACGCGUAUCCUGCCACACGCCGCUCCGUUGCAUGCGACCAAGCACCGCUUGCUAUCCCGGUCGAGUUGCGCCAGAACCCCCGGCGAUCCAACGGCUCCGGUUCCAGAGCACCCCCCGCACUCGUCCGCCAAAGCGAUCGCAAAGUCAACUUUGUGGACACACUUGUUGGUAAGCUACCGUCACUCAUCAUGAUCGUCUACGUCCCAUGCUUAGACUUUGUGUCAAUUCCAGAUUCCUCUACCCAGAUCGUCGAAGCCAUCUGGCCACUUUCGUCGGUCAUCUGCCACAAUGAUAUCGGCGGCAAGGCCGUUCUGCCCCUGCGCACCUUCAUCCAGGAGACGCUCCGCAGAUCGCGCACCAGCUACUCCACGCUCCAAGUCGCCCUGUACUAUCUCAUCCUGAUCAAGCCUCACGUCCCAAAGCACGAUUUUACCAUGGAACAGCCGGACGACCGUCAUGAGUGUCGUGCUCUUCAAUGCGGCCGCCGUAUGUUUCUCGCUGCUCUGAUUCUCGCCUCCAAGUAUCUUCAAGACCGCAACUAUUCCGCCCGUGCGUGGAGCAAAAUCUCCGGACUCGCAACAAACGAGAUCAAUCAGAACGAGUUGGCUUUCAUCUUUGCCGUCAACUGGGAGCUUCACAUCACCGAUGACGUUUUCCAGCGCUGGACCGAUAUCGUCCUGAAGUACACGCCUCCAUCCCCGCCACCCCCAGGCUCACCUUCCGGACCUCUCUAUGCCCAGCAGAGCGCCAACUGGAAGAAGGUCAUUCUCCUCCUGAACCCCGGCCUCGACAAUGUCGGCGGACUCUUCCCUGCGGCAUCGCUCAAGCUCAAGUCGCGACAGCAUGCGGCGCCUUCGGGUGGCAACCUGCCUUCUACCCCAUGCGACGCACCGAUCCAAGGCCAAGCGGCUACGGGCUCUGCUGAUGCGACCCCGACUCCUCGAUCCUACGUCGCCCCCCACACGAUGGAGCCCGUGCCCGCUUCCACGUAUACGCCUGGUCGCCAUGUCCCUGCGCUUGGUCUCCUGCCCACGCCUCGCAUGACCCCCCAACUGGCUGGACAAAGCACUCCUGCCGUGAGUGCUGCGUCUUGUCUCCUGGGCAGGGGCUCGGCGAUGGGUCUGGCCAUGGCUCAAGCCUCCAACGCCUGCGCAGCUCAGAACCUCGACAGGUGGCAAGUCCCCGUCACUUCCUCUCCGCACGUUGCUCUCCCCGUCCGCCGCACUUCCUUGGCCAUCUCGGUGUCCACUGCUUUCAUCUCCCGAAUCCAUGGUGUCCGAUUCUUCUCGGACCUCACGCUCGUCUUCCAUAUCCUCUGCAUCGUCGCUCGCUAG